AAUCUUAGCAGAGCAAGGACUUCGUUCCAUACCACCGACGUUCAAUGAUCAAAAGGACAGGAAGAGAAAAACGAUCCAUAAGUCCACUCCGUGUCCAGUAAUAAAAAAUAAAAGUAAUAGCUAUAUAUUAUUCAAACAAUUCUAUUCAAAACUAUAUAUAGGUCCACUGACGUGUUCAAUAAACACCCAGAAUAUUCUGUCAUGGUAAAAGUUCAUGUUUGAGCUUCGUAUAGUCUACGAUGCCAUUACCAGUAAGUGGGCUAAAUAUUGACACACAACAAAAGCAAUGACGUUGAAAAUUUUUUGCUUCAGGCUGUUCUAUGGAUACGAGUUACGGCGAUAACUAGUUCUGACUGUUCAAACUAUGAAAAUUAUUGCUGCAAUUGUAUUGUACUGGAUUUGCUUAAGUUCCUGUAAAAAAGUUUCGCGCCAAUGCAUCCACAAAAUCGGUGACACAAAUGAUGAAGUUAAAUUUCCGGGAAUGAAGUUUAACGACGAAGCGAAUAACAUAUUUACAGAAGGAAGAAGAGUAAAAGGAAUUUGUAUCAUACAUGGAAAAAUAUCAGAAAAUAAGCAGUUGAUAUUGAAUAUAGGCCCGUCAGUCGCCUACAAAAACUGGAUAUCGAUCGGUGGAAGGAUUUCAAAAUACGGCGACUGGAAAAAUAUGGUUCUUUUAUAUUAUAAUUAUCAAGGAUUGAUUGAUAUGGACAUCGACCACGAAUAUCGUACAUUUACAAGAGAUGGUAAAAACGGGACAAAAGAAAUACUGCUUUCAGGAUACAAAUUUGACCAUUUAAGAAUUGUCUUCCCUCGACAACAAACAAAUUUUACAAUUACGUAUUCGUGGACUAACUACCGAAAAGCCUGUAAACCGUUACCCGACAUCGUGGACAUAGUAACAUGUACUAAGAGAAAAAAAGUUAAUUCAGUUUGUACAGUGAAGUGUAAGACUGGAUUUGCUCCGUCACCGAUAUUAUACGAACGAGCAAAUGAUGAAAUUAAAACAAAACUGCCUCUAAUGUCGACAACAUGCAGGGGAAAUGGUUUUGAGCCGCCAGACUGGUUUCCUAAAAUUGCAUCAACCUACUAUGAACUGAGCUUCAAGGCAUUACCCUGCAUCGCUUCGUUCAUUCCGACACAGAUGAUUCCGAUACAGAUAGUGGCACCCGAGGUCAAAGAAUGGUAUCAUGCAGUGUUAAUCAAGCCAAAUUUCGAUGAUAUGUGGAAGGAAGAUGUUAUAAAUUCGCACAAAUGCGUUGACUUAGAAAACAUAGCUGAUGCCUGUUUUCGGGCAGAUCCAAUAUUCGUCACGGAUGGGAUAAUGAAUUUUAGGCUCGACAAGUGCCAUUAUCCAAAUGAAUAUGUUCUGGAGUUAUUCGGCGAAGAUGGGGACACUGGAGUUGAUCCCGACACAAUUCCAAUUCCAACUCAACCCACGCCAAAAGAUCGAAUUCAACAAAUGGAUUCCGAAGCGAAACUGCAUCUACUUUUGAAAGUAAUUGAGCAAAGAGAAACUUAUACGAAAUAUCUUCCCAGUGAAACAGAGAGCCCUUGCAUAGUAGAUGAGUACGAAGAUCUAUAUAAUGUUUUGCGUAAACAAGCUACGACCUCGAAGAUUGACAACAUUUGGAAUGAAUUCAAAGAGUAUGCAGAUAAGAAGUGUUUCAAAGUAUUAUCUGCUGGAUGGAGACCUCACUGUUCUUAUAACAUUUGUGAAAUGGUCGAAUUAAAAUUGAUUCGUGGGGGAACAGCGCACGAAUAUAAGUACAAGUGUGCAAGCUUUAAAGAACCUGGCCGACGCGGUGAGUGUAUUAUUUGCAGACACGGAAAGAAUAAACUCUGUCAAACUCUAAAGGUAUAUGCAUAAUCGGAAGACAAAUAAUCAAUAUAAAUAUAUAUAUAUAUAUAUAUUUAUAGUGUUCACACGGUGAAGUAACGUAUAAUCAGUUGAAAACAUAAAUCCAUGCCAAAAUCAUUUUUUACCUUAAUAGAGUAAAAUACAUUGCGAUUCUUUUGCAUAACAAAUAACUGCUUAAU